AUGGCAUCGCAGGGCGCAUGGGAGUUAUGUCAGCAGGGGAGUUGUAAUAGUUAUGCCGGAUUCUACUUUUUUUUAUGUACGAUGCAUGUACGACGCCGACAAGUGUAUAAGGGAUUCCGCACACAUACCCGGCAGCCAGUAGCGAGCCACGGAGAUUUAAAAAAAAAAAAGAAGAAGCCAGCAGAUGAUAGACACUCUGUUGCAUGCAUGUUGAUUAUCCUGAUGGAUCGGAUACAGGUUGCCCUGUGGUGGCUGGACCUUCGACCUCGUCUUCUUCCUGUUACUUCUGCUCGGGAUGUUAGACGGUCUGAAUGUGGUGGUGGUGGAUACAUGCACGAAAUGCUCCAUGCACCCAGCAGACACCAUGAUAUCCAGCAGGGAUCGAGGAGAAAGCCACCACGCUGGUGA